GCAGUGCAUCAAAAUAAUAAUACGUGGGAACCCACACGCAACCUCUCUCAUUAUCUUUCCCGUGCACCGUACCGCAGUAGAUUACUCUAUAUACCCCAUAAGAAACCAAACUCACUCUCACAACUCUCACCGUUCGAUAAACGCUUUUCGGUUCUUUGAAGAAGGACCCUUCUCUUUGCGCGUGUCCCGUUCUCUUCUCCAAUCCCCAACUCCACCAUUACGUAGACAUCUGUGAAAUCUGAAUAAAAUAAAUAAUAUGACGGAGGUUAAGCUCUGGAAUGACAAGCGCGAGAGAGAAAUGUAUGACAACUUUGCUGAGCUUUAUGCAAUUAUCAAGGCUACUGAGAGACUUGAGAAAGCUUAUGUUAGAGAUAUAAUAUCACCAAAGGAAUAUGAGAUAGAGUGCCAGAAGCUAAUUGCUCAUUUCAAAACCCUAGCGUCCACCCUUAAGGACACUGUACCUAGCAUUGACAGAUUUGCUGAUACCUAUAGGAUGGAGUGCCCAGCUGCGAUUAACCGUCUUGUGGUAUCUGGUGUGCCUGCUACAGUGGAGCACCGGGCUACUGCAGCAGCCGGUGUGUCCACCUCGGCUGCCACUGUGGCUGAGUGUGUUCAGAAUUUUAUUACAUCGAUGGAUUCCUUGAAACUUAACAUGGUGGCUGUAGAUCAGGUGCAUCCUUUGCUCUCAGAUCUUUAUGGUUCACUGAAUAAAUUGACGAUUUUGCCGCCAGAUUUCGAGGGGAAAAUAAAAAUGAAGGAUUGGAUUGGAAGGUUAUCAAAGAUGGGUGCAGCUGAUGAAUUGACAGAACAACAGGCCAGGCAGCUUCACUUUGAUCUCGAGUCUUCUUACAAUUCCUUUAUGGCAGCUCUGCCCAAUGCUGGCACUUGACUCAGUGGCUUGUAAAUUGAAUCAUAAAUUCCUUUUUCUAUAUUUUUUCCUUUUGGUUGCUAUUAUUGUUGAUUGGAAGAGGAUUUUCUAUUUUGUGACAGCAUUUAUAUAUAUAUUUUAAAGGCCAAAUGCUGGAUAUUUAGAAAUUAUGGCUAUGCUGAUCACUGAAAGUUUAAUUCUAUAUUGUGGAUGAGCUAUGGGCUUUUGUUUUCUUUUCUGCAGUUGUUCGGUUUGAGUUGCUCUGUACUCCUAUAUAGCAAGGGUGAAAUCUUGCUGAAAAUUGAGUUUACAGUUGUUUGUCUUUAUAUCUUUUAUAUUAAUAGAUACUGUAUAUAUAAAUAGACGUAUUUCAACUCUA